AUGAAUUCUGCCUGUUUCCCUCCAGUUUGUGGCACUGCACCGCUCAACACCAGGAUUGUAGGAGGUGAGAGUGCUCCUGCAGGGUCGUGGCCCUGGAUGGUCAGUCUGCACAGCAACGAGGUUCAUUUCUGUGGAGGCUCCCUGAUCAACAACCAGUGGAUUCUGACUGCUGCUAGCUGUUUUGACACACCCCGACACAAUCUCAUCGUGUACCUCGGUCGUAACAUGCAAGCUUCCUUGAAUCCUAAUGAGGUGGUCCGAACUGUGUCCAACACCAUCAAGCAUCCAAACUAUAAACACACCCCAAAUAACGACAUAGCCUUGCUGAAGCUGUCCUCACCUGUUACUUUCAACGACUACAUCAGACCCGUGUGUCUGGCGGCAGACGGCAGCGUCUUUGACGCCGGGACGACCUGCUGGGUCACCGGAUGGGGAAACAUCCAAGAAAACAUUCCACUUCCUCUCCCACAGAAGCUGCAGGAGGCGAGUGUUCCCAUCGUGUCCAACAAGUAUUGUAAUGUUUUCUACGUUGGUCAAAUCACAAGCAACAUGAUGUGCGCCGGUCUGGACGAGGGAGGAAAGGACUUCUGCAUAGGGGAUUCAGGCGGACCGCUGGUGAGUAAAACUGGCUCCAAGUGGGUCCAGGCUGGAGUUUUGAAUAUGGAAACUUGUGGUCAUCCCAAAAUCCCAGGAGUCUACACCCGAGUGUCCCAGUAUAAAUCCUGGAUCAACAGCCAGAUCGCUACCGACCACCCGGGCUUUGUCACCUUCACGGGUUCAUCCUCUGGAAUGGUUUCCCUCUCGGUUCCUCUGCUGCUGUCCAUCUUACUUGUUGACUUCUACUUCUCUGUCCUUUUAUAG